AUGAUUAAAUAUCAAACCGAGAACUGGUCUAGCUAUAUGAUUGAAUCUUCAUUCGGCGACAGUUACAAGAAUGUGAUGCCAGAAUAUGUUCGUUCUGUGUCACAAUUCAUAUUCAUGGCUACAUAUGACAGAUGCAGUAUCAUAAACUUGGACAUACGAGAAGUGACUACAGGAGCAGCACGAGACACUCCAACCACCGGUGGAACAAUAGUGUUCACAUCUUCAUUGCCCUUGGGGCUAUAUGAAUUGUUCCAAUUUCAGAAAUUCUCACGCCAUUAUGCACCGGCUAUUGUUGGUUUGCUGUUCUAG